ACUCUGAUUGAUUGAGAUGUAACGUCUGCCACGAUCUGAAUGGGACUCAAAGAAGAAAUUCAGUUCAGCCAUAGAAUAAGUAAUUUUUGCACAUUCAUUCCACAUCGGCAGCUCCAGCUCAGAUCUCUCUGUGCAGUCCAGACUUAGAUCCGGGUCAGCUUAGGUUUUUCAGCCUCAAGCCGAAACUAAACCCAUCUCUGUUCAUCAUCUUGUCCUCUUCACCCCUCAACUAAAACCUGCUCUUCUUGUCUUCUCUACUUUCUAAAUAUUGUCCGCAUCCAACAAGUUGUCUGGGGCAGAAACCGGCUGUUGUGGGAGUGGGUGUAAUUCAGAAAACGCUAAAGAUUGGGGCACCUGGGUGGCUCAGUCGGUUAAGCAUCAGGUCACGAUCUCCAGGUCCAUGAGUUCGAGCCCCACGUCGGGCUCUGUGCUGACAGCUCAGAGCCUGGAGCCUGCUUCGGAUCCUGUGUCUCCCUCUCUCUCUGCCCCUCCCCUCCUUAUGCUCUGUCUCUCACUCACUCUCUCAAAAAUAAAUAUUUUAAAACAUUAAAAAAAAAAGAAAACGCUGAAGAUCAAAAACCAACUAAGAUGUAUCUAUCCUAUUAACAGCCAGAGAUACUGGCGGUUCACAGGAGAGUAGUUUAAAAACUGGACAUGCUUUUAAAAUCGUUUGCAAAGCCGCUGUAGAAGAGGAUCCGAUACAGUGGAGCAGGAGAGCCUAGAAAUCCUGCUGCACCAGCCAAAUCCACUGAAAAGCCUGGGGACCGGGGUGGGGGAAAGGGCAGGUCCACUCCUUGCAGAGGGAGCUGGAGAACAGGAGGGGAGUUGCCAAGUGUGGCAAAGGCAAAUGGCUGAAGGGAGGAGGGCUCGGGGAGCGCUCUUCAUUGGCUGUUCUGGUCUUUCCCCGAGUAUUUGAGGACUGGCGGAGUGACUGUCUGAACUCCAUUAAGAAGGCCCCAGAGCAUCAGGCUGCCUGCUCCUUCCUGGACAAAACUCAGGAUUCUCUAUGGCUCUUCAGGAAUCCACAGCGCUGGAUUUCUACCAGACGUAUUUUGAACCCAUGGUCUACCUGGACUACUUCAAGAUGGGCCAGAGCCCUGUGGGUGAUGAUUGCCUCUACUUCCUGCUAAAACACUACAACGCCAUUUUUAAAUCAGGUGGGCUGAAAGGAAAGCUCCUGAUUGACAUUGGCUCCGGGCCCAGCAUUUACCAGCUCCUCUCCGCCUGCGAGUCUUUUGAGGAGAUAAUCGCCACUGACUACACGGACAAGAACCGCCUGGAGCUGGAAAAGUGGCUGAAGAAGAUUCCAGGGGCGUUCGACUGGUCCCCAGUGGUGAAAUAUGUGUGUGAGCUUGAGGGGGACAGAGACAGGUGGGCUGACAAGGAGGAGCGGCUAAGGAGAACCGUGACCCAGGUGCUCAAGUGUGACGUGAAUAAAGAACAGCCCCUGGAGCCUGCAGUCCUGCCCCUGGCGGACUGCGUCCUUUCCUCCCUGUGCCUUGAGGCUGCCUGCCUCACCCAGGAGGCCUUCCGGGCUGCCCUGCGCCACAUCAGGACCCUGCUCCGGCCCAGGGGCCAUCUGGUGCUGGGCGGGGGCUUUGACACCACCUUCUACAUGGUGGGGGCGAAGAAGUUCCCCUGCCUUCCCCUGAAGGAGAAAUUCGUGUGUGAGGCUCUGCAGAAGUCCGGCUUCACCAUCGAGAAGCUGGAGACGGCUCCGCGGGCAGCUGAGACCAUGUCGGAUGAGCAGUCAGACUACACCGCGAUGUUCGUCGUCGUGGCCCAGAGAAAUGACUGACGUAUUGGACUUGGAAGGGGGGUGAGCAUGCAGGGGUCAUUCGGCUACCCCAUUUCCUUCCCUUGGCUUUAUUUAGAACUCUUCCUUGCCAGCAAAUGCUUUUAGAGUCUUAUUAUACGUGAUUGCCAGAUAAUUAGGGAUGUUCCUCUCAAACAGAGAGGUUCAUAGUAUACUCCACUAACGUCCCGGGGUUGGGGAAGAAUUGGGCCAGAAAAUAAAGCUUGGCCUCCCCUAGUUUUGAGGGCACCUUGGGGUUGCAUGGGAGCGAAGAGGGUAGAGUCCCCCGUGCCCUCCUCCUUGAGGCAUCUGGGGACGGCUCGCCUUCUGAGCUCAUUCAUCAUUUGCAUCUUCACCCCUGCUGAUGACACCACCGCCCCGUCCCACAAAAUGAAAGGAACGCGGGCUUUGGCACAAGAAAACGUGGGUUUUGGUACUUGGCUCUUGUGAUGAUAGGUAGGUCAUUCGUAUCUCACAGCCUCAGUUUCCCCAUCUCUGAAAUGCAAAUAAUAAGACCCCUCCCCAGGCUUCCUGUGACACCCCAAAUAUAUAACAUGAACACACCUGCUAAACAGCUACGUGUGCGAUGGCGUAUGUGUUUUCACUGACCUUGCAUGUGCAGGUAAUAAGCAGUUUUUUUUUUAAAUUUUUUUAACGUUUAUUUAUUUUUGAGACAGAGAGAGACAGAGCAUGAACAGGGGAGGGUCAGAGAGAGGGAGACACAGAACCUGAAACAGGCUCCAGGCUCUGAGCUGUCAGCACAGAGCCUGACACGGGGCUCGAACUCACGGACCGCGAGAUCAUGACCUGAGCCGAAGUCGGCCGCUUAACCGACCGAGCCACCCAGGUGCCCCGGUAAUAAGCAGUUCUAAAGGGAGCUGGAGGCGUUGCUCUCUUUUGUCCGGUGCGACCCACCUAAGCCAGUUGCAGACGGGCACGGGGCCCUUGGGGAAGACUCUUGAAGGAAGUAGCAGCAGAUCCGGGAGAUGGGAGGGGUGAGCGGGAGGAAGCCAGGAGAAAGAACGGGGCGGGAAUAGUCUGUGGAGAGCAGGAAUUGUCAGUAGCAGUAGCAUGUGCCAAGACCCAGAGGGGAAAGAACAUGCUGUGUUUGCUGAACUUCAGCAGGAAAAACUGACACCUGGGUACAAAAUUUGGGGCCCUGCCCCUGGAGAUCUCUGAUAAAACACCUUGGGCACUGGCAUGGUAGAGCAGACCAGCGUUUCAAGUGGGCAGAGAAUUUGCCAAAGCAGUGACGGUUGGCAGGGGUUGGGAGAUGGGUAAGCAAGUGAUUUGUUCAUCCAACAAAUAUUUGUUGAGUGCCUACGAAACACCGGGCACCCUGCUAGGUGUGUCAGAAACUUUGCCCAGGGCUGGUCCUCGCAGUAAACACAGUUUUGCCAUGUCUAAGCCCUUGAUCACAUUCUACCCCAUGUCUGUGUAUCUAUGUAUAUUCUUGUGUGUAUAUGUAGGUACGGGUGUGUGUGUGUGUGUGUGUGUGUGUGUGUGCCGAUGAUGGUCGUAGCGGGUGGGUCAGAUCCAUUCCAUGGUGUCACCACAUGAGUGAUAGGAGAAACAGACUCUCCAAGGCUAGGAUCAGAUCAGGAGUUAGCUACUAAAAGCUGGCAGUAGAUGCACCCAGAGGCUGAGUGUUCGCACCUCCUCCAAGGAGACCCUCCAGGGGCACACUGGAGCGUGCAGCCAGAAAGCUGGGCUGGGCUGGAAAACAUAAAGCAAAGAGCAAGGUGGGUGGGCAUAUGGGGAGGGUGUCCAGGCACAGGUGGUCUCAGUGGGACCGACUUGCCCAAUGCUCUACCUCACUGCAUCAAGUGUGGGCACGCAUCCCGGGGUGUGUUUCCCUGGGGUCCUGGGGUCCUGGUGUCAGUUCCACGGGCAGUCACCUCAGGGAGCUAUUGACUCCCUUACGUGAUAUUCAAGUUACCCCUUAAACUUUGUGGGCUGUGAGUGAGCAUUGUGUUUGGCUUCCUGGGAGGUAGAGAGAUACCAAUAUGUGCAAGACGUGGCUCGUGGCCUGGAAAGUACGGAAAGGGUUUACGAUUCACUGGAGUAACAAGAGACACGCUUUUGUUAAGUUGACACUGAGUAGGCCUGGGACUCUACUGCAAGGCAGGCUUUGUUUGGGAGAGGGCUGGUGAUGGGAACCAUGCCACUGGACAGGAUUCAUUCUUGCUCAGGGACUGAGGAAGGUGUCAGGGAGUAAGUGGUAGCCAAGAUGAGUUUUAAGAGAGGGUGCUGGUUGGAAAAGUGCUCCCACUGGAAGAAAUACUACUGCUAAAAAACAUGGCCUUGGGAAGAUACCAGGUAAAUGAUGUGAAGUUUUCUUUGCCUGGAGGGCGGGAUCCCUAUGAGAGAACGCUGGGGGACAAGGAAGGAUAGGAAGGUAGCUCAGGGCAUUGGACUCUCCAGGGGGUAAUCAGAGUUCAUCAAUAAAUACUCAUUUAGAACCUGCCAUUUGUCAGGCCCUAAGAAAACAAAUAUGUUUUAUAUGUGAAAACAAAUAGGACACAAUUCUUGCCCUUGUUGGGCUCAUUCACAGAUGGUAUGACAGCAGUGUUAAGAGGGGAGGGCACACAGAAGGUCAUUCUUAAUCUGGGGGAGAUAAGGGAGGCAUCACAAAGAGGCAAUAUUUCUUCUUAAAGUUUUAUUUAUUUAUUUUGAGUGAGAGUACAAGUGGGAGAGGGGCAGAGGGAGAGGGAGAGAGAAUCCCAAGCAGGCUCCACGCUGUGAGUGCAGAGCCCGAUGUGGGGCUCAGUCCCACAAAUCGUGAGGUCAUGACGUCAACCGAAAUCAGGAGUCGGGUGCUCAACCGACUGAGCCACCCAGGCACACCACAAAGGGGUAAUGUUUAUUUUUAUUUAUUUAGUUUUUAAUUUUACUUUUUUCAAUUUACAUCCGAAUUAGUUAGCAUCUAGUGCAACAAUGAUUUCAGGAGUAGAUUCCUUAGUGCCUCUCACUCAUUUAGCCCAUCCUCCCUCCCACACCCCCUCCAGUAACCAAGAGGUAAUGUUUAAAGCGAGUCUUGAACUCACAGUGAGUACCUGAUCGCCAGGCAAACAGAAGGUGGGGUGGAGGUAGGCUGGGGUGUUGAAAGCAUUUCUGAUGGAAGAAGCAGCCUGGCCAAGGUGGGAGCUUUGGGGGGCGGGGACAUCAGUCAUGUUUGGGGAACCUCAGUCAGGAAACACAGAAUAAGUGGCCAUUAUAUUCCUGUCCCUGUUUUGUCUUCUGAGGAUAUGGUGAAUGAGUCCAGCAAGGCCCUGCCCUCAUUCGACUUUGGAGAAGGGAAGGCAGACAAUAAAGGAAUAGACAAAAAAAAAAAAAAAAGUGAGCCCUAAGAAGGAAAUCAGCAGGGAGGUACUGUGGAGAGUAACCGGGGCAGAGGGGGUGGGAGAAGGGCUCAGACAGUUGCUGGGAUGGACAGACCUAGACUGAGGUCUGGCACAGCUGGACAGGGCUAUGAGGGCAGGGCACCUAGGGGAGGUGCCAAGCCCAGCAGUGUCCCUCUCUCUACAACAGAGCUCCCCAAAGCUGCAGGGGAGGACACCUCUGGACGCAGAAUCUACAGGCAGAAGGGAGCUGCCCUCCUACCUGUUCCCAUCCUGUCUGCAAGCCUCCCCUGGAGAAACCCCCUUUACAAUGUUCAAGCCCCCCCCCCCUUACUUUGCCUUCCAGAGGAGGAUCCCAGGCACUCAGACCUCCAGGGGAAAGAGCAGGCAGUGAGGGGGAUGGCUGGCACACCCCUGGAAGACGAGGCAGGCCGUCCACCUGACCAUGUGUCUCUGUGAGUGUGUCCUUCAGGGGAAGGAGGCAGGACAGCAAGAUGGCUCCCUGGGGACCAGUCCUAAACCUGUUUUGGAUUAUUUCCCUUGUCCUUCACUCUCCGGACACAAGGGGGCAGUGGAGCCUUGAGCUUGGCGGACUGCAAGGUCCAUGGGGCAGAGGACAGUCUUCCCUCAACCUUGUUUGCCUGAGGCCUGCUCUCCUGUUCAACCUGACCUCUGAAUGUGGGAAUCAGGAAGGGGAGGGCCACGGCCCGGCCAGACGACCCUGAUUUUCACUGACCUUCACUCAACCAUAUAUAGGAUGAAUGCCCCCCUCCCCUUCCACAACAGAAACUAAAGCCCAGGUCCUUGUGCUGAAGGAUCAGCCCAUUAGUAGCUUGGACAAAGAGCAAGGGAGAGGCGCCCUAGCUGGCUGCUGGAGUGGAAUUCUUCUGGGCCCUCUCUGUUGUAGUGAAAAUCUCCCCAAAUUUCAUGAGGCAGGGCAGGAGGGUCAAGUGCAGUGGAUAGGGCCCAGCAAGUCCUUCAGAUCCACUCGACAGCUAUUAAUGCCAAUGCAUGUGUCAGGUCUCAUGCUGGUGCUAAGGAAACAAAGGAGAAUUGGCUUCAGCUCUUCCAAAAAGUUCACAGUUAGGUGGGCAAAUGGCCACUGCCACACGGAGUGGUUUGUUCCGCACAAGAGUAGGACAGGUACUGGGGAACACAGAGGAGGUGCGUUAACCUAGAUGUGGGGUGGGGCGAGGGAGGUCACAGAAGGCUUCCUGGAAGCAAUACCCAGGUUGAGUCUUAAGGAUAGGAGGGUUUAGCCAAGCAAAGGGCUUUUUUAGGCAAGGGGAAAACAUGAGCAAGAGAUCAAAGUCAAGAAACAACACGGGAGGGAGAUUAAAAGACAUUCCAGUGUGUCUGAAAAAUUUCCAACGCAACACCCUUUAAGGUUGCAACCAUUUUAAUGGCACACGCUCUGUGGUCUGGCUGUCGCCCAACUCUCCAGCCAGUAGAAAGGGCUUUCUGAACAGUUUUGUACAUUCAGACAGAAGCUUCAGAGAAUUGAGUUUUUCCAGGCUAGGACCUAUAGGAUUGUGAGAAACUGUAUGCUGGGGGAAAGACUUGAUAGCAGGGCAAUUAGUUUGGGGGUGGGCUUUUUCCUUUGGGACUUUCUACUACAUGUUGCCUUAACAAGUGACGAGGUGCAUUUAAGAGGAAUUCAGAGGUUAAGCCUGUAAGCAAAUAACAAACGCAAUUUCAAAAACAAAAACCAUAAGGCUACGUACUGCUUAACUAGGUUACGUAAAAAUUAGAUUGCUGAUUGAUGAUAGACCCGUAGCCAAAGUGAUCAGGCAGACAGACUGGAAGAAAUCUUUGCAAUGGAUAAAACCAACACCUUCUAGAGUAUACAAAAAACAGCCUAGUCAAAAUAUACAAAUUUGGACUAGGAGGAAGUCCAAAGAAAAAAAGGAGUGAGGGUGUGAUUAGGAAAUUUGUAGAAGAGGAAUCUCCAAAGUUAGCAAACAUUUUGUGGCAGGUUGUGUAACUCUUCACUGAUUUCUGUGUCUUCUCUUCUCUGGCACACGGCAAGACUCCAUUUCUUGGGUCCUUUGCCUCAGGCUGUGGCACUGGGUUCUGGCCCUAGGAAUGUGAACGCAUCUCAUGCCUACUCCAAGGGCUGGAUGCAGAGAAUCCAGUGGAGACCUCUGGCACCUAGGAAAUGAGACAGCCGCACUGUAGAAGUCUGACCGCCUGGAGCUGUAUCCCUCCCCGGACUCCCUCCACACUGGACUGUGAAGUGAACAGAGAUGUAUCAGCAUUUACUUUGUGAAGCCACUGAGAUGUGUGGGUUGUUACAUCAAUGAACUUACCUCACCGAUGUGCACACUUAGAUGAGCUCCAAUUGGUUAGAGAAAGGUGAAAUUUAAAAAAUUAUAAGGGCACCUGCCUGGCUCAGUGGUAGAGCAUGUGACUCGAUCUCAGGGUGGUGCGUUCAAGCCCCACAUUAGGCAUGGAGCCUACUUAAAAAAAAUUGUGUAACUUCACGUAUUUUCAUUGGAUUUGCAAAAACUGGUAAGGUAGAUCAUUUCAAGAAUUUUGGUAGGGGUUAGAGGUGUGUAUGGGUGUGUUGGUGAUUACAGGAACUCCCAUGUACUGCUGCUGGGGAUGUAGACUGGUAUAGGCUUGUCGGGGGGGGGGGACCCUGGUGGUUCUCACUAAAAUUAAAUAUUUAAUUGGCUUGUGACUCAGCAUUUCUACUCCCGGGAAUAUACCCUGUGGAAAUUCCCACACAGGUCUGCACAGAGGAGACCUGGGCAUCUACAGAAACGUUGUGUGGGGGAGUUAGAGGCAAUCUGGGUGUCCAUCCCUGGGGGAGUAGAUAUGUAAAUGGGGGGAUUCAAGUCACGGAGUGGCAAGAAGGUAUGGCCCACAUGUCCACAUAGCCACGUGCACGGGCCUUAAGGGCAUAGUGAAAACGAUGUAAAUGAAGAUAUAUACAUACAAAACAACAGUACCUAUUUCACGGAAAUACACAUAAUGAAAAGAACACGCACUAAACCUCUUAGAAAAUCCUCGGGAGGGUGGGAGAUGCGUGGGGAGCAAGAAGAUAGGAUCGAACGGAGGGAUCCCCUCCCCCUACACACGUUCUUUUCCGAAGCUUUCUAACAAGAGACUGAAGACUGACAGUCACAGCUUUUUACUUCCUAGACUGGGUUUCCUUUACUGAGUCGGAUUCCCAUGAGGCUGUGACAUCUCUCCUCAACUUUUUUUGAAAACCGCACGGUCAGCCAUCACUGCUAAUUUUCCAGUUUCCUAAGCAUUCCCUUUCAAUCGCCUGACCUCAUGGUUUCUCAAAAACAAAACAGGAGACAGGUACAAGAACAGGAGAAUUACAACAUCAAGCCUUAGUCUAGCUUUUUUACACAAGAACUAAGACUAGCUGCUUUUUCACAUCUGUAUUAAACACAGAGGAAAAGAGUGACAUACAUUAACCUGGCAGGACAGGUGUUUCAAAUAUAUGUAUUAUACCGCGAAUGGUAAUUAGCAGGAAACAAGGGGG